AGAAAUUACAGUAAUUUAUUUCAACUGUUUACCUGCCACCACGUCCUAAACAGUCUCUCUCUUCUCUCUCUCUCUCUCUAAAAGCUUGUAGAAAUCAGAUAGAAGAGGAAUGCAGGGGCUUUAGACAGAGGGAGAGAAGCAAAGCAAGGGAUUUCGAAGGCACGAUGCUCAGGCACAGUCUCGUAGUGUUCCUUACCUUCUGCUUAGCUCUCCGCCUUUCGUAUUCUCGACGUGCACCCUAUGCUAUGCGAAUAAGCUGUGGAGCUCGGAAUGAUGUCCAUACUCCACCAACCAAUACAUUGUGGUAUAAGGAUUUUGCAUAUACAGGAGGAAUACCCACAAAUGGAACACGUCCAAGUUUUAUCACACCCCUACUUAAUACAGUCCGCUAUUUCCCUCUAUCUGAGGGUCCAGAAAAUUGCUAUAACAUCAACAGAGUUCCCAAAGGCCACUAUUCCGUUAGAAUAUUUUUUGGAUUGGUGGCAGAGCCUAAUUUUGACAAUGAACCUUUAUUUGAUGUUUCUGUUGAGGGAACCCAGAUUGAAUCUCUAAAAUCAGGUUGGAGCGAGCACGAUGAUGAGCAGGCCUUUGUUGAAGCCCUGAUAUUUCUUACUGUUGGCUCAGCCUCCCUUUGCUUCCAUAGCACUGGUCACGGAGAUCCCGCAAUACUUGCCAUUGAAAUUCUUCAAGUUGAUGAUAACGCUUACCACUUUGGCUCACAAUGGGGGCAAGGGACUAUUCUGAAAACAGACAAAAGACUGAGCUGUGGUGCUAAGAACCCAAAGUUUGAUGUAGACUACAGUGGGGACCACUGGGGUGGAGAUAGGUUCUGGAACCCCCUUAAAACUUUUGGUCAGAGUUCUGAUCAAACUUUCACUACUACAAAAAGCAUCAAGCAGACCUCAACGUCGCCAAACUUCUACCCAGAAGCUCUUUAUCAGACUGCUCUUGCUAGUACUGAUAUUCAGCCGGAUUUAGCCUAUACAAUGGAUGUGGACCCCAACAGAAACUACUCAAUUUGGUUUCACUUUGCGGAGAUUGAUCCUUCUGUUACUGGCGCAGGUCAAAGGGUAUUUGACAUCCUAAUAAAUGGUGAUGUUGCUUUUCAAGAUGUGGAUAUUGUGAACAUGAGUGGGGGCAUUUAUAGUGCUUUAGUACUGAACAAGACUGUUGCUAUUAAUGGGAGAACUUUGACAGUAACCAUGCACCCUACAAAAGGUCAUGCCCUGAUUAACGCUGUGGAAAUCUUUGAGGUCAUCACAGCUGAGUUUAAAACUUUGCCAGAUGAAGUUAGUGCUUUACAAACGUUGAAGAGCGCAUUAGGGCUCCCUCUUCGUUUUGGGUGGAAUGGUGAUCCAUGUGUUCCGCAACAACAUCCAUGGAGUGGGGCAGAUUGUCAAUUUGACAAAACUAGCAGUAAAUGGGUCAUCGAUGGACUGGGUUUGGACAACCAAGGUUUGAAGGGAUUCUUGCCGAAUGACAUAUCAAAACUGCAUCAUCUGCAGAACGUAAACCUCAGUGAAAAUAGCAUUCAUGGGCCCAUUCCAUCUUCAGUGGGAACAAUAACAAGCUUAGUGAUAUUGGACCUCUCCUAUAACUUUUUCAAUGGAUCCAUUCCUGAAAGCCUUGGACAGUUGACAUCUCUACGAAGACUGAACCUCAAUAGCAACUCUCUCUCUGGAAGAGUCCCGGCCACUCUAGGUGCAAGGCUUUUACAUAGAGCGAGCUUCAACUUUACUGAUAAUGCAGGACUUUGUGGUAUUCCUGGACUCCAUUCAUGUGGUCCCCACCUCUCCUUUGGUGCGAAGAUCGGCAUUGCGUUAGGUUCUUGUGUGGCACUCUUACUUAUUGUCACCUGCUUAAUGUGCUGGUGGAAAAGGCGGCAGAAUAUUCUCCGAGCUCAGAUAAUUGCAGCAAGAGAGGCUCCCUAUGCAAAGGCGAGGACUCACUUCUCUCGCGAUGUGCAAAUGACUAGGCCUUAUGGGAACGAAAAUGCUCGGACAGCUACUGAGAAUGGGCCAAUCUUGCUUUCAUAACCAGUCAACCAUAUCUCUGAGAUACUUGGCAUUUCAAGUGUGCUCCUAUUUUUUUUGUGGCUGGAUGCUGAAGCCUGCCUGCCCACCAGUUCUGUUUGGCUUUACAGGUUGUUUUGAUCUUGGUUUAUUGCCUCUGGGAAUGUGCUUUGAUUUCUCUUGUUCCACUCCCACCUCUUGGGCAAUUAUUAUUAUUUUUUUGAAAAGUCUCUUGGGCAAUUUUUUGUUGUUUUAUAAACUCAGGAACCCUGGAAAGAAUCACUCUAGAAUGUUAGUUCCCUCCUUGGACAUAGUGUGUAGCACGAUUUGACUAAUGCUGUAUGGUCCUGCUGUUCCUCAGUUUUGGCAAAAUGUGUUACCAUGAAGGAAAAACUCCUAUAUUGCUUCCAUAUUUAAUUCUUUUGGGGCAAAAUGUCUUAACAAAAUCAAAUUUACAUGUUCA